GAAGAGAAGAAUCAGACAACUAAAAAAAUGGCAUGGAGGUCUCAUGGCACAACAAACAACCAACUCAUCCAAAACCUGUUCACCAAUGGAUUAAUGAAAUCACACAGGAUACUCGAGGCGAUGAAGAAGGUCGAUCGAGCCAAUUAUCUCAUCAUCCCUGGCUCUCAAAAGUAUGCCUACGAGGACCGGCCUCAAUCCAUCGGAUUCGGUGCCACCAUCUCGGCUCCUCAUAUGCAUGCAAACGCCCUGGAGAACCUACUGCCAUUCUUGAAACCAGGCGCAAGAGUACUAGAUGUGGGCAGUGGUAGCGGCUACAUGGUAGCCUGUUUUCACCAUCUAGUCAAAGGGCCAGCACCCGAGUCAUCCCCGCCGACUAUUGGCUUCGUUCUAGGGAUCGAGCAUAUCCCUGAGCUAGCCCGACAAUCGAUCGAGAAUCUUAGGAAGGACGGCUUAGGACCGAGCCUAGAGAAUUCUGAGAUCAGCGUCUCCAGCGAGGAUGGAAGGAACCCGGAUCUAAGACAUGGAGGUGCAUGGGACGUCAUUCAUGUCGGCGCUGCUGCCCCAACGGUCCCAGAAGCUUUAUUGAAUCAACUUAAUGCACCUGGAAGAAUGUUCAUACCUGUCGGUGAAGAGAAUCAAGCGAUUUAUCAAAUCGAUAAACAUUCCGAUGGAAGGAUUACCCAACAAGAGUUGUAUGGGGUCAGAUACGUCCCUCUGACCGAUCAGAAAUCUCAGCUAAACUGCGACACUUGAAGUCGAACCCCCUAAUCGAUUGCUACAUUUAAGUAACUAACUGACAAAGAUGAUAGGGGUUUUGUUAUAUUUCUAUUUCUCAUGGUGUAUGUUGUAUGUCAUAUUGAAGCUUUAUAACAAUAUGUGAAAUGAAAUUCGAUAACUUAUAAUGUA